CACAUCUUGGUUCAUAUCAUAGACACUUGUAAACGUUGUCUACCAUUUGACUUACCUUCUUGCAACCUCAUCAAUUGUCCUAUCUUCAAGGCUUAUCAAUGCCACGAGCAAACCGAAUUUUGGCCGAAGCGGACCCGAACGCGUCCAACGCGUCGAAAUCCACUCUGGACACGAAACCGACCAAGAGAAGCGCUUCCACGCAGGAUGUGGGGGACAUAGCUGACCUCCAUGGAUCGAGCACAAAGAAGAGACGAGUUGGGCGAUCUGCAGGCAAUGAUGCACCUACGGUGCGGGAGCAGAAGCAAAAGGCUGCCGCAGAGAAGAGGUCGAGCAAGAAGAAGAGUCAGCACGCAACGAAAGACAACAGCAAGCUGCAGUUCCUUUUAGCUGAACGCGGUCUGUCAACAGACGGGACGAGAGAGGAUUGGAUCGAGAGACUGGAAGCCUCUUCGAUCGACUACGAAUCAUACACCGCCGAAGAGCUCACCGAAAUGUUGAGGAGACGACACAUGAAAGGCGCAGCUCAGUAUCCCAAAGCUAUCAAAAUCGAGCGAUUGAAACUCAACGACGAUUAUCAUCGCGAUACAAGAAAUGGGCCUGCUAUGUCCCUAUGGAUCCAAAUCUCAAUCGCAGAGGUAAGAUUGGAGAGAGAGCUUGCGGAGGCAGCGAUCGCAGAAGAAACAGACAAAUACUCGACACUUGGAUCAAAGCGUCUCUGCGCCCUUCUUGAAACUCGGGGCCUUUCAACGUCAGGCAAAGAUAAAACUCUCCUGUCACGACUUCGCAAGGACGACGAGAAAAAAAGGAUGAAGAGCAUCAAAGACCUGCAGACAAAAUUAGCCAAGCUUCGGCCGGAGUUAGAAGCUAUGAUCGGGCAUUCGGUCAGCGCUUCUGACAUCACCAAGGCGUCCAAUCGAUACGACGCACUUGACAAUGAGAUCACAAGUCGACAAGAGUCUAAGCAAGAGCCUGUUAUUCCAGUCUGUGAUUACAAUUGGAAAGACUCGCAUUGGGCUUCGAGGACGGAACGGGAGUUGAGCGAGAUUUGUAGCCGCAGAGAAAUGCCGGGACAUGGCCCCAAGGCUGCGAUGAUCAAGUUUCUCGACACAGGAGCUGUUGAAUAUGAGGACUUGUAUGCAGGAAGCCUAGAAAUGAUAUGCUAUAAACGGGGAAUUCAUGUCAAGAGUGGUGCCAAGAAGAACGAUCUGGUCAGGAUUUUGAAGGAAGCUGAUGAAGGAGAGCACGAUUGACUGUUCGAAGAUCGGAAGGAAGAAGGCUAGAAUUGUUGUGUCUUAGUGUGAUUCUAGUUAUGAUUCUGUCUUAAAUUGAAUACUGAC